CUCUCCUUCUGUUCUCUAUAUUCGGAGGCAACAAAAAAAGGAAAGAAAAAAAAAAUAAAAAAUAACUCCUCGAAAAUUAAUAAUAAAUAAUAUUAAUUACAAAAAAAUAGGGUUUGCUUAUAUUUCAUUAUUUUUCAGAUUUUCAUUCACUCUGAAAAAAAAUCAUAGUUGCUGCUACUCCUUAUUCUCCUUCUCACUCUUCACUUUCGUUUUUCGGUUAUUUUUUUUGCGGGAAAAACGGCAAUGGCGGCGGCGAUUUCUUCACCAAUUGUUCAGUCUGUGACUCCGGUGGCCCCGGCUACGCCACCAUUGACCGGAGGACCUUUUGCGAAUGCAUCUCUCUACGUUGGCGAUCUCGAAGGAAGUGUUAACGAGGGACAACUUUAUGAUCUGUUCAGCCAGGUCGCUCAGGUUGUUUCGAUUAGGGUUUGCAGGGAUCAGACUAGGCGAUCCUCUCUUGGUUACGCUUAUGUCAACUUUACCAACGCUCCAGAUGCGGCCAAUGCCAAGGAACUUCUGAACUUCACUCCUUUGAAUGGGAAGCCCAUUCGUAUCAUGUUUUCUCAACGAGAUCCAAGUGUUCGCAAGAGUGGAUCUGGCAAUGUGUUCAUUAAGAACCUGGACACAUCAAUUGAUAACAAGGCAUUGCAUGACACUUUUGCUGCCUUUGGCUCUGUACUUUCUUGUAAGGUGGCUCUUGACAGCAGUGGCCAAUCAAGAGGGUACGGUUUUGUUCAGUAUGACAAUGAAGAAGCUGCACAGUGUGCCAUCGAUAAGUUGAAUGGCAUGCUGAUAAAUGAUAAACAAGUCUAUGUUGGACUUUUUGUUCGCCACCAGGAAAGGGCUAGGACCAAUGGAUCACCCAAGUUCACUAAUGUUUAUGUGAAAAAUCUUUCUGAAACAUUAGCUGAUGAAGACCUGAAGCAGCUAUUUGCCCCCUUUGGCACGAUAACUAGUGCAACAGUUAUGAAAGAUGCAAAUGGGAAGUCUAGAUGCUUUGGUUUCGUGAAUUUUCAGAGUCCAGAUUCAGCAGCUGCUGCUGUUGAGAGGUUAAAUGGAACUACUAUCAAUGAUGACAAGGUUUUAUUUGUGGGGAGAGCCCAGAGGAAAUCAGAAAGAGAGCAUGAGUUGAAAGCCAAAUUUGAGCAGGAAAGAAUCAGCAGAUACGAGAAAUUACAAGGUGCCAAUUUGUACUUGAAAAACCUUGAUGAUGGUUUUAGUGAUGAAAAGUUGAAGGACCUAUUUUCUGAGUUUGGAACUAUUACAUCUUGCAAGGUGAUGUUGGACUCCCAUGGUCAUAGCAAGGGUUCUGGUUUUGUGGCCUUUUCUACUCCCGAGGAAGCAAAUAAAGCAUUGAAUGAAAUGAAUGGGAAGCUGGUUGGAAGAAAGCCUCUGUUUGUUGCUGUGGCCCAGCGGAAAGACGAAAGGAAGGCUCGGUUGCAGGCCCAUUUUGCUCAAAUUCGUGCACCUGCUGGAAUGGCACCGCUACCUGCAGGAAUUCCUGGAUACCAUUCUGGGGCACCAAGACUUGCUCCUCAGCAGUUGUAUUUUGGUCAAGGCACACCUAGCUUCAUACCACCUCAGCCUGCUGGAUUUGGUUUCCAGCAGCAAAUGUUGCCUGGAAUGCGGCCCGGUGUUGCUCCAAAUUUUGUUAUGCCAUACCAACUCCAAAGACAAGGUCAACCUGGGCAAAGGAUGGGUGUUCGGAGAAAUGGAAACCUCCAACACGUGCAGCCAAACCAACAGAUGGCACAUCGCAACUCCAACCAAGGGUUUAGAUACAUGGCCAACAAUCGAAAUGGCAUGGACCCAUCUGGAGUUCCUCAAGGUCUAGUGGGUCAAAUGUUGCCCAUGAACUAUGAUGGUUCUGGAGUUACCGCAGCUCCAAUUGAUAGUCAACGUCCAGGGUCUACCACACUGGCCUCAGCUUUAGCUUCUGCAACCCCAGAAAAUCAGCGUAUGAUGUUGGGUGAGCAUCUUUAUCCCCUUGUGGACCGUCUUACACCAAACCAACAUACAGCAAAGGUGACAGGGAUGUUGCUUGAAAUGGACCAGUCAGAGGUAAUUCAUCUUAUUGAAUCUCCAGAGGACCUGAAAAUAAAGGUCUCUGAGGCAUUACAGGUCCUUCAUGAAGCUGCAUCAGGAUCUGAAGUCGGUGAUCAGCUUGGUUCCUUGUCAUUGAACGAAUGAAGUAAUUUCAGCUGCAGUGGUGGAUAUGUUGCGUCAUAUCAUGUGAGCCACUUUUUUGGACUUAAUUAGCUAAUAUUAUUCUGGAGUCUACAUUUUUUAUUUGAUCAAAAUCAUGUUUUCUUUUUGUGGGGUAAUUUAUUGGUUAGGUGAUAUAGGAGAGAUUCAAGGACUUGUUUUGGUAGUCUUUUUAGCAUUUUCACUUUUAGCUUUUCCAGACUAUUUAUGAUGUUCUUUCAUUUGGGAUUGGUAGUAGAGGAUCUAGUUUAUUAACUUUUGACAAUAAUUUUUCUUUAGACUUGAAUUAUUUGAAUUGGGAUUUUGGUGGACAUCUCUUCUCAA